UCAAAAAUACAUGUCAUUCACACAUCAUUUUAUUUUGUGAUAUCGUAAAAACGAGGUAAUUUUGUUGAAAAUACACGUACGUUGUUGCAUCGGGCAUGUGUCCAUUCUUUGUGCGGACCAUUGUGUUGUUAUACACCAAUCGGACAUUCAUUUAGUGGACCAAAUUUCAUUGUGUUCAGCACUGGUUGAAAAUUAAAGGAAAAAUUUCGUACGCUUUUUUCGCAGUUUCCCUUUGGUUUCCAACUAGAGUGUUGUGUGCUAGCGUAUCUCGUGUUUUGUUAUACACUAUGAACAUAAUGUGACUUACACAUAACAUAGGUAUUGGGUGAAAUAUAAGUCUAUUUUUGACUGCAUUUCAUGCUAUAAUUAACAUUAAGAAUCUGUUUUGAUGAAUUACACACGGACAUAUACUUGGAAAUUGCAUUGAUGGCGUCCGACAUCCAGAUACAGCGAGUCGACAUCCCUGAGCGCCCCCUAUCACCGUGUUCCGCCAUAUUCUUUUAAACAAAAAUCUUAAAGAAAAAUGCACUCCGUCAGCGACCGUCCACGAACGCAAAAAACGAAAAGGAACAUUUUGAAAAGUUUAAAAAUUAAAAAGAAAAACAUCGAGCUUAACACUCCCAUGUGUUCCAAAUAUAAAUUUUAAAAAAUCGAACGUUACCGGUUUUUCGGAACAGUUGCCGAUACUCCAAUCAGCGAUUGUUUUUUAAUUUCCGGUUUUAUAAAAAGAGGCUUUAAUAGAUUUUUCGGAAGUUAGGUUGUUUUGAAGAAAAAAAAAUAGUUGCCUUCUAAAGUAGAUUGUUGGUCCAAUCUGUUCUUUAAUAUUUAAUAGUUAGAAUAUUUUCCCCUUGUGAAUUAAAUUUAAGAAGUGUUUUAGAGGUGAUUUUUUUCCGUGUGGAUAAGUGAAGAGUAUUUUAAGCAAUGGAGAAGAUAGAUCUGGAGAAGGCUACCCCGGGACCCGAGGAGUCUAGCAUGUUGACCAGGAAUAGGAGCUUCAAAUCCAAACAACUGGUGCGCAGUCAAGCAAUAAGGGAGACGCACUCGCCCCCGCGCACCUCCUCACCCGCAUUCGUCGACAAAAACGUCAAAAACGAAUGCGUGAACGACAAACGCGAGGACGAACCAAUAGACGCGGCGUUGUGCGACAAAAACUAUAUCGAUACUGGUGAAAGGACGAUAGAUGGUAGCAAUAACUCUAGUCAGGGCGAACUGUGCGACGGCGGCUCGUGUGUUAUGAGUGAUAGUGAUAAGAAACAGCAGACGGUCGAGAUACAGAUAACGCCCGGCGCGACCGGGUGUUGGGACCUGGAGUCGCAGAUGGACCAGCGCAUGCGCACCAAGCGCUGGCUCUUCCACAAGAACAAUUCGGACUCGUCGCGCGACCUGUUGUCGAACAAUCCGCGCAUUAUCUGCGUCUGCGGCUACUGCGCCGCCUGCCCGCACUGCAGAGGCCGCAAACGGAGGAAACCAUGUCCGAUAAAGCAGGACUCGGGCAUCGCCUGUUCGGACGACUGUCCCGAUUGCCUGGACAACCAACAGUCAGCUCUGUAUGACGCUUUGGAGAAAUCGGGUAGCCUCGACGCUGAAGACCAGGCGUAUUAUUGCAAAUGCCCGGAGCGUAAGGAGAAACCUAAAAACGUGUCGCUGACCAGGAGUGACUCAGAUGACAAGUCGGAGCCGACCGGAAUGGACCUGGUCGACUUUAUCAAGGAGACGCUGAACAAGAACCCGCGCGAUCGGAUGACGUUGUUGAAGAUAGAGAAGGAGCUCACCAAUUUCGUCAUAGACAAUGGCAGAAGGUGUGUAGUCCGGUUUCCGGUGAUGACGUCAUACGGCAGGAUGUUGGUGCAUCGAUGCGCGUCGUUGUACCAACUGUCGCAUCAUCUGGACCAGACCAAUAAGACUUGCGUGUUGGUCUCAAAAAGUGGCACGAGCGGCGGCUGUCUCCCCUGCACGAACUUCCGUCAGUGGUGCACAGUCAACUUCCCGCCGAGCCCGCAGCGGCAACAACCGGACGUCACCAAUGCCAAGUCGAUCCUGAAGCGCGAGGCGUGCUCGCUGGAGGAGGGCGGCGCGGGCGCGCUGGGCGGCGCGCGCUCCAAGUCGCUGGAGCAGCGCGAGCGCGACUACGAGCGCGUGCGCCGCAGGAUAUUCAGCACCGAUAACUGCACGCAAGGCGAGCCACAGUGGCCAUGGUCAUCGGGACCUGUGAAACUGCUCACUCCAGAGACUGGCAGAAAUAAACUAUUAAAAGUGCAGUCGCUGGAGAGCUCCGCGCCGGCGCCGCAGUCGUGGCGCAGCCGCGGGCCCGUGUCCAAGAGCCACAGCUUCAGCGGCUCCGCGCCCGACCACCACCAGCCGCGCCUGCUCAGCAGGCAGGGCGACCUGGCGUCCAGCAGUUGGCGACUGUCACCCUCCAGCUCGGGCUACAAAACCUUAAGCCUGAGGAGUACAGACUCUGUCACUCCUUCGCCUACAGUGUGUUACGCAGGAGGCGCGAGUCCGGAGCCGGCGCCGGGCGUGGCCGAGGGCGUCGUGUGGGCCGUCACCGACCUCGCCGCCGUGCCGCCCGGCGCCAUCGUCAUACACCCGCAGACCGGACGUCCUCUGACUAACCCUGAUGGAAGCAUAUACCACUUCGAUCCCGCGAAUCCGCCUGUGCUGUAUGAUCCAAACGUAUACAAACAGGAUGAAUCAAAGGCCGAUAAUUCGGAGAAAAAGCGAGGGAGACUGGAGAAACAACACUCGUUCAUGGAUAACGAAUGCGAGUGUCAGCCGACUGAGGAGUGUCGCAGCACGUGUUGCUCCGAAUGUCGCCGCCACGACGGAUAUCAGCACAAAACCACUUCGGAUAAGGAAACCAACACUAAACCAAUGACACCAACAAAGAACCGAUACGAGACGGUACAGAACCACAGGGAUGACGGCGGCGAGCUGAAGCCCAAGUACGAGGAGGCGCCGCUCGCCGCGCACGCGCCGCACGCGCAGCACGCAGCGCACGCGCCCGAGCAGCUGUACGAGCCCGCGCCGCCCGCGCACGACCCGCGCCGGAACUACGACACUGCUAAAGAACCGACCAAUAACCAGCGGUCGAACAAUGACGUCAACAACAGGCAGGCGAAGCCGACCAAUCAGGCGAGCCCGGAGGUGCCCGUGUACGCGCAGCAAUAUCAACAAACUUAUGCUAUUGAAGAGAUAUCGACACCCCCGCACCCAAAUCCUUAUCUGCAGCAGGAGUUGAGCAACAUGCCCGGCGUCAUGGCGCAAGCCAAGGUCGCGCCGAUGCAUGUGCCGGACCCUAACAUGCGUCCGAUGUCGCUGACAAACAUGGUGUAUCCCACGCCGAUUCCACCGGGCUUCCCUUACGUUGGACACAGGAUGGACGCUCCGAUCCAGCAAGCGAUGUACCAGCAGGCCAUACAGCAGGAGGAACAGAAACAACUCGCCGCCUCGCCGCACGCCAACGAGAGCACCUUCAGGAUCGACCCGAGCUACCCAUACGCAGCGGUGGAUUACACCGCCGCGUACGGAUCGUGUGUCGACACGUCCGCCUUGCAACAUCAACAUAGAAGUUACAGUGUGCCGUAUAACCAAGUGGAAGUGCAACCAACGGUGUUACCACCCACGUAUCCGGUCGGCAACGUGUUGCUACCACAGCCGCACUUGCAACCAUAUCCGUACCAAGAUGCAGUGCAGUGGGCGGGUGUGUCAGGAGUGGGUGGCGUGGCCGGAGCCGCGGCGCCCAAGAUCAUGGUGCCCGAUCUGUACCCACUUUUGCAGUACCCGCAGCCGUUCCAGUACAACUUCAUGUAUCCACAGAUGGUACCCCAGCCGUAUCCGAUAUGUCCGCCAAUGUACCCCUCCGUGGAGAAACAACCAGACCUCGGCCGCCGCAACAGCAUCACGCGCAAACAGAACUCCAUACCGAACUCGUGCCGCAACACGCCGCUACACACGCCACCCGACGAGAGGAAAGUGCCUUACGACCACCGCCGCGACAACGACAUAUCCAACAAGAUACAACAGAUCAAAGAGCAGAUGGCACAACUUAAUACGAAAGACAAAGACAAAGAUAGGAAAAGGGAUGACUGGAAGCGUAGGAACAGCGGCAAUGGGAUAUUGGGCAGCUAUCCGAGCAAUAAUUACGGUGGCCGAGUCAUGGGCCGACCAACGAAUGACGAGUCUCAGCUGAGCAACGAGGCUCGUGUCAUUGUCAACUCUAUAAGGAACAUGCAGGCAAAGAAUACAUAUCAGGGCGACGUUCGGCGCGAGUUCCGGCGCGCACGACCGGAGCGCACCGACCGGCCCCCGCGCGCGCACCACGCGCCGCUCAUCCGCGCGCCCUGCCCCGCGCUGCUGCGACAGAUGUCUCCCGGGACAUGGUGCAGGCGCUCUCCCGGACCAGUGCAUCCAGUGUUGAACCACCCGCGGCGGCCACAUCCUGACGCGCGGAACGGCGCGCGUCGCUAAACGUGACAACCUACGUAAAUUAUUAUAUUUAUUUAUAAGUAUUUAUAUUGUUACGUUUUAAACAAACGCGUCACGUCUGCCGGGAGGCUCUAUCCAAAUUAUUCCACAUCAUACCAACAAAUAAUAAUUACAAUAUAUGUACCUUCAUCGUCACCAAUAAUGGCAUAAAAUAUUCCUCCAAAACAAAUCGAAGACCAAAUUCACUUCUGGUCAAUCAUCACAAUAAUAUGACACAACGAUUACUUCGUAUUGUAUGAUGUAAUCAUAGUUGUAUCUUCUCAUAGUAUUCCCUUCUGCCAAUGAUUCCAUUCGUUUUUUUACCAUAAAAGUAAAUUACUACCCGCGUUAUUUAUAGUCGUUUUUAAACAAUUUUCAUUUGUAAGUGUUGUUAUCCCCUUCCAAAGUACCGUUACAUCCAUAGAUGCAUACAUAGUAAUUAAAAAAUGUUUUACCUGAUAUAUGUACUAAACAUAAUAAAAAUUUUGAUAACAAGAACUAGUGCUACUACACACUGUUUGACGGCUCCAAAUUCUUUAAAGAAAACCCCUCUUAUUCCCCACCUUUUCUCCCUAAUUAUUAUAAGUCACCUCGCAGACGCGACGCGACCAAGCCGAGGGAACUGUCGCCUGCCGCGCUAAGAUCUCAACCGCUAACUCACACUAGUCAUUUGCAUGUAUUUUAUUCAAAGUUUAGAUUUUUAGUUUAUGUAUUGAGCGUUGAUUGUUUGACAGUAGGGUAUUUUGGAAAUCAUAUUAGUUAUCACUUUAUUAAUAACCGUGUCAAAUGUGGCUGUAUUGACUUCUCCCUAUUCGUGUUACAACUUUCGAUGCCUGUGGCGCCAUCUAUAUUUGAGAAAUAUGCAUCGACUCACGUGCAGCGACCCUAGGGGCCUUAUGUCAGUUAUUCAGCAACAUUUUACAAUACGCAAUAUUUAUCAUUUAAUUGUUUUGUUUUAAUCUUUUAUUAUUUGUUUUACAAUGUUUGCAAGAUACUGAAUUUCCAAAAUACCGUACAUGAAACUCGGCGCUUUUAAAGUAAUAUUUUGUUUAGGUUUUGCGUUAGACGCGUCGCGUGCCAGCGCGCGGUUCCCACGACUUCCGAUAACUUUGGUCACGAGGAGAUGUUAAAAACUUUGGCUCAUUUACAUCUGUGAUUGCUUCUCAACUAUUCCAUAGAAAAUAUUCCCAUCACAGUGAUUUCUUAGUAUAAAAAUAUUCAUUAUAAUAUUUUUUUAUGAAUUAUUACACAUUAUCUAUUUAUAAAAGCGAAGUUAUACGUUUAAUAUCAAAUAAUUAUUUAAUUGAUUUUAAAAAGCCUGAUCAUUUAUUCCAAUUUUAUUAAAUAUUUUUUAUACAAAUUAAAAUGUUAACCAAGUAUUACUGUUUCAAAUCACAAUUGUAAAUAUACCACAGUUGACAAUAAUCUCUAAUUGACCGAAUGUUAAAGAGUGAUACUUACUUAUCCAUAAGUUUAUAUAUUUAAGUUUUAUUUUAAUACGAACUUAGUUUACCGAUACGAAAGCCGUAAUCUCUCACAUGACGCAAUACUUGCGACGCCUCCGCAACAAAACUAUGAGAGACAACACAAAUGGAAAAUAAAAACAAAAAAAAUCAUAUAAAAAUAUAAUUAUAUAAAAAAUAUCGAUACGAACUCUAAUAUUAAUCUGUGUUAGACAAUUAAGAAUUACCUUCACUAGAAGCGCAUAGUAUUCGCGUUAUGUGAGGGACUAUGAUCAAGUAUUUCGACGUGUACAUUCCCAUAUUUCUAUUCGAAAAUGUACACAGCGGAAUCCUAUCGACACAAGUAUAUUUAUUUUUUAUUUCGAAACAAAACGAUACGCAAACGAAAUGAUUGAGACUUACAUGUGGUUUGUCGAGCUGGAAGUAGUCUUGUGAGCGAGCCAGUUCGCAACGCCUGUUGUAUACGAGAGAUAGUCUCCAACCAUAUUCAAACGUACAAUACUGAUGGUGAACCGAGCUUGGUUUUAACAACUUGCCAACUAACUACUAUCGAUUUACUUAAACCUUUACUCGACUUUGUAUGAAGUCUUGAUUUCCUUAACCAUAAGUGAUGCAAUCCCAAAAACCUAAAAUAAUAUGAAAAAGUUGAAAAUCCGGUGACAUACCAAUAAUCGAAUUAUGAACCUUUAAUAAUGAAACAUUUUCUCUAUUUGUCGAAAACUGAUUGACUGCCAUUAUAAAUAUAUUACUAUGGAAAAUACAUAAUCAGUCUAAAUAAUUUACAAAGGAGCUGUCGAUUUAUAAACUUUCAACUCGACAAGUCAAUUUCCAAGUAUAUGUGAAUUCGAGUUUAACUUCAUCUAAUGCCUUGGCGUUUUUCUCUACAUAGAUGUCGUAAUUAAUUCUAUUUUUCGUGAUUAGAUGUCUACUUUGACGGACGCGGUGGCGGAUCUGGGGGAUUUAGUGACGUACUCAAUAUCUUCUCUCGUGUUGCUAGUAAAAGAAAUAUGAUUGCGAACACACGAGGUGUCCUAAAGGCGGUCCACUUUAUUCCCUCUGUAAUAAAAAACUAAAACUAGUAUAAGGUGAGUGGAUCUUCUAUCUACAUUAAUAAAUCAAUCCUUUAUAUCGUUAACCACCCAAAAUCAACUGUUUACCUGAUCCCUACUUGACGUCAAGAGCCUUUACAGUGUAAAGUGGUGUAUAGACAUAUCUCGCACCCGAACUUCUCGUAUAUCUUAUUAAAACCUCUGUCUAGUUGCUCUUCAUAGCAUCAAGUAGUAAAUUGGUCAAUGUCAGAUUUUUGCAUCUAAACCUGCGCGUUUCCCCUCCGUAAAGUGUUAUAGAUAUAAAUCCACUCAAUUUAAAAUGAUAGCUGUUAAAUAUCCGAUAUUCCGUUUUGUCUAAUCGUACAUAUCAUUGACUCUUUUAGCUUGCUCCAAUUUGAUUUUUAAAGGUUAAUUUUACUUUCACAAUUUUAUUAGUAUGUAAGCAAAAUAUUACCGUGUAUAAUAAAUAUUGAGAAAAACGCCACCUCUCGGCAAAAAAAUAAACUGUCUGUGACUUUUUGAUACUGAUAGAUUUCAAUUUAAAACAAAAAAUUUCAUUAUUCCUGAGGUUCAUUACACCUUACAGAAAACAUACGACGAGCUCUCACUAAUUAUAAUUAAACAUAGUCAUGAACUUUUGCUUUUUAAAAGCUGACUAUUUGGUUACCCCAAAAUAGUUAAUUUAUUAUAAAUGGCUAAAUGUUGUUAAUAAAAACUAAAUGGUUUAUUUCGCGCAUUGACACUUUCCAGAUAGACUAACCUUCAAGAUAUAAAACUGAAGUCUAUCAGUGACAAACUAUGUGUGUCAGAUGUGACAAUUUUGUGAGUGUAAUGGCGAUCGGCCCUUAGACCGAUAUUUAUAUGUGAAAAGUUUAUUGUAACUGUAGAGUAUAUCACUGUUAAUAUUAAAGAUUUUAGCCUAUACAAA